AAUGAGGACUAUGUUGAGCUUUCAGUCGCUGUAUCAGCUUCGGAUCGUCGAACACAGAGUUUAGACCAUCGUCAGUUUUUCUAACAUCGACAUCAUGAUUCCUACAACACAAGCUCUGAUUAUUUGUGUGAUUCUCAUCUGCGGGCUGGAAGAAACUGUCCUCUCUCAGCGAAUGCAUUGCGCCGGGAAGCAGUGUGUAGUGCCUUUACAAGAGCCCGAUGACUUUCCAGGAGCGCAGAAAAGGUGUAAAGACUGGGGUGGACAGUUAUUAAUGGUCAGUUCCGAACAAGCAGUGAAGACAUUAACGAGUCCACUAAACGGGCUCAGCGGUAGUUACUGGUUGAAGCUGCACAGCACCGGCAGGACGAUAGCAGAAGCAGCGGCUGAUCUCCAAAACUGCUCCUCCAUCUCUGUGUCGAUGGGAGGGAAUCUCACGGUGUUGUGGAAGCUGUGCAGUGACAAACUGGAUGGAUUUCUGUGCCAGUAUACAUUGGAGAAUCUUUGCAUUCGCUUGCCGGCACGCGGAGCCGCACGGGUGAGGUAUAUCAUGCCUAUGGGUUUCGAGGUCAACGAUUCGGAAAUUUUCCUACAAGGAACCGUCGCUGUAGAGGAAAAGGUUGGCAGUAAAUAUCCGGACUCUAAACACGUGUGUUUCUCGGGGAAAUGGGUGCAAGCUCCCUGGAACUGUGAAGUGCUGCACGGCGGCUGUGACUACAACUGCAACUCUACAACACACACCUGUAUCUGUCCCGCAGGAAAAACUCUUCAUUCCAACAUCAUCAACUGCACUAAAGACCUGUGCGCCGACUGCGCCCAAGAGUGCCAACAAGAAGGUGAUUCUUAUAUAUGCAAGUGCAAGAAAGGCUACAGGCUGGCGCAGGACAGGAAGAGCUGUGUGGACUUGAAGUGCAAGGAGGAGGACCUCUGUACAGGUAAGGGUGAGGAGUGUUCUAACACCCAGAGAGGGUUUGAGUGCAUUUGCGAGGAUGGCUUCGUUAAGGAGGAUGGAGUGUGUGUGGACGUUGCAAUCUGUGACAAGUGUGAGCACAUGUUGUGUGAAAAGCCCGAUGGGGUUUACAAGUGUGCCUGCCGGAAUGGUUUUAGGGUGUCAGCCAAAGAUCCCACCAAGUGUGAGCAAUACUGCACAAAGAGUGACUGUCCGGCUGAAUGCAUCCCAAACCCAGAUGUAAAGGAGAAGGACAUGCAUCAAUGCUUCUGCCCUGAGGGCUACAUUAAAGACAUGAGGAACGGUACAGCCUUUUGCACUGACAUAAAUGAAUGUGAGAAUGAGAAGCAGUGUGAUCAAAAGUGCGAAAAUUUGUUCGGUAGUUACAGAUGUUUGUGCAAUGAGGGGUUCAAGCUGCACGAUGGCUACAUGUGUGUACCAGUCAAGGAGGAGCAGGAGGAUAGAUCAGGCUCAACUCCUCCAUACCCAACACCAUUCAGCGUUUACCCAGCCGCAAUGCCCUCUUACAUCAAGACCGGCAGUGUCCUGGGCCUCACUGUGUUCAUGGUGCUGUGUGUAGCGCUGCUGUAUUUCUUGGUCCGAAACAUGGUUAAACGUUGCGGCAAAUUUGAGCUGCCCUCCUUCAGACAUCCCGAUAUAGAUAUUUUCUAUCUGCAGCAGGUGACCACAGAGACGUAUAAGAGGUUAUCCUUCGACAAACAGUUUAAAAAUGACAUGCAAAGACUGUAAUUACAACACUGAAGACCUUCGACCAUCCUCUCAUGUCUUAUGCACUGUUUUCUUUCCUCAGAAUGAUCAGAUAUAUUGUGCUCUUUCACAGAGUUAUCCAAAGGCAGUGUUAAUGGGAAACAGUUUAUCUCCUAAAGUUGCGACAAAUUAAGACAAAUAAAUAUAUGUGACUUUAAAGAAAAGCAGCUUAAUGCUUUCUGAAUGUGUAACAGAUUUAUAUGUGGAAUUGGGGUUUAUUUGCCUUAUAAUUAUCCUUUACUGCAGAUAUUAGAUCACUUUUCAUUGCUAAGAGGGAAAAUUUUGGAUUUCCUUCCCAAUUAGGCUUUUUUGUGGAGUAAUAUAUAACAAAUAAGAUGCUGUUACACAGAAAACAUAUAAAGCAAUGGUACUAAAAAGUUAGUAUGGUAAUUUUUUCUGAUUAUAGUGCAGCAGCCUCAAAAUUGUUACAAAUCCAGCAAUAUAAAACAUAUUUUUUUUUACUGUCAGACGAGUUACUACAUUAUCUUAAAAAGAACCUGUUUUAUGUUUAAUUUCACUUUGCUGCUGUCUAAUUACACUGUAGACACACUGUAGUUCUUCAACAUAAAUAGGGAAACAAAAUGUGCCUUUGUCUUUGCUUGACAUUUUCAUUUUGCAUACCAUAAUGUUAUAUAAUGGCAUUAUAUUAUAUAAUGACAUAAUGGCUGGGAUACAUAUUAUAUCUGUGAACUACCUAAGUAAAAGUGUUAUGGUUUUUAUCUUUUGAUAAAUUCACACUUUAAACUCUUGGUAUCACUAAAAGGAGCAAAAAAAAGUUUAGUAAAAAGCACAUUAUUUGCGAGGGUUUUUUUAUUGGUUCCAUGGGCACAGUGACUCACUGUGACUGAUGUUUGCUCAUAAAAUAUUCCUGUCUUUCUUGGAUUUGGACAUUUGAGAUAGAUACACAGUAUAUUUAGUUUUAGUAUUAGCAGAACAUUAUUUGUUUUUAGAUGUACUGUUUGCUAUAGGAACUGUUUGUGAAGCAUGCAUUGCAGCAUGUGUUUGGCUUUUAUGAAAACAGCAGCACUGUGGGACUAUUUUUAACCAAAAAGUGUAUCCACAUUCUGACACUCUCUUCUUUAAAACAAUUGACAUCAUAACAUUCAUAUUUAAUAUAGGCCUAGAGAAAUAGAAAGAUAGAAUAGAUAAAAAUAGAAAAAUAGAAAUUCCCCAAAUUCCUUUUCAGAUGGGUUUAAGUGAACUGUUAUUCUUAAUGACAGGAUUUGUGAAAAUUAUUUUACAGCCCAAAACCACAUUAUCUAUGACAAAUGAAUUGUCAAACGUGUAUCACAGAUGGUAAAUACAACUUAGAUAAUUUAAAUAUUGAUAGAGUUAAAGUUUAGUUAGUGUAUAUGCAUCAGAACAUUCAACAUUUCAUGUUAUCAUACUCAGAUAAUGCUGAGGUGCUAUACUGGCUGUACAUUGCUACCACUUUCAUUAUCAUGAGGUUGAAUUUCAUUAACUUCACUGUUAAUACCGCUGGUCUUGAGAGGUCAGGUAAUCCUGAAUGUAAAAUUGUGCUGCUAACGCCUACUUAUAAAAUGGAGCUUGUUAUGAAAAUGCAUGUGGACAUCCUUCUGAUACACCCAGCCGCUAAAUAUCUGUAUAACAGGCUUUUACAAGCCUGAUUUUUGUUGUUGAAUAUGUCACUAUUGAA